AAGAAAGAAAAAACAUAUUAUUACGGACCAAACUACGUCUUUGUUGGGGGAUGGGGUAGUAGUGAAAGCUAGGCGUGGCCGUGGGGAGAGCUGGAGAAGAGACGAGGCCUUGGCCGGGGUGCUGUUGCAAAGCCAAGCCAUGGGAGACGAUGCUUAUACCAGAUACGCCGCUUCGGCAGAUAGAGCAGGAAGUGUAGCCAGGUCCGGCCUUUCAACAUAUUCUGAAGCACCUCCUUUGGCAUCCUACCCUAAUUCGACCUCUAUUGAUCAGUGGCACACCCCUCCUCCGGAUUAUAUGCCUAGAGAUACAAAUUCGUUAGGACCUGGAGCUUAUGGAUAUACUGACUUAGGAGGCAAUAGUAAAUAUCCGGAACCAGUUAUUGGCGGUGUGACAUCUGGAGUGAGUGCAACAGGCUAUGCAUCUCCUUUCGCAGAUUCAUUAGCAAGUCAAAGACAAGAUAUUGCAGUGGGCAGUAGUCCAGGAGUGAUGGGUAGGGCUGACAUAGGUCAUGAAAGGGCCAAUUCUCUAAGUAUCAUCAGAACUGCUGAAUGUGAUCCGACUUCAUUGCGGGAGUCAAACAUUCUUUUCGUUGAUGGACUACCUACAGAUUGUACUAGGAGAGAAGUAGGUCAUCUCUUCCGUCCCUUUAUGGGCUAUAAAGAUAUCAGAGUUGUUCACAAGGAGCCCAGACGAAGUGGAGAUAAGGCUACGGUAUUAUGCUUUGUUGAGUUUGUUGAAGCAAAAUUUUCCCAGGCUGCAAUGGAAGCUCUUCAAGGUUACAAGUUCGAUGACAAGAAACCUGAUUCCCCUGCUUUGAAGAUUCAAUUUGCACACUUUCCUUUCCGUUUACCGUCUAACCACGAUGAUAGGCAAUAGACCUCCAUAUCCAACACCUUUGGGAACACGUGGUCUGAAGGAACUGGCAGGUUUUUGUUUGGCACUUUCCUCAUACAACUUGUAAGUAAGGUAACACAGCGAAUCUAUACACGGUUUCCUGUCGCUAGGUGCAGUGUGGACCCUAUGGAAUUCUUGUUCAUUCCCAAACAGAAUCGAGAUUUAGAUGGUUGUUCAAGGGAAGCGUAUGUCAAAGUGGUUGCUAUCUCUAUCACCAUGUCUGAUCCUACAAUUUUCAAUUUUUCAUGUGGGCUGGGAUGAGCCCAAAGAAGAAUCAAAUGGGCUUUUUUCCUGUUUGGUAUUAAUAUUGAUCAGUAUUGUUUUUGGGUCUC